AUGGAGAUGACUGGCUUCACCACAUACAAUAAUAAUCAUUCAAUCCUCGUGAAGGCUUUUUACAAGGCUUGUGUGGAUGAAUUUGAGAACACUAAACAAAAAGGCUGGCCACUCCUGGAGGUGAUACAUGGCCUUGCUGGUUGGUACGUACUUGGAGACCAGCCGGGAACAGCAGAAACCUGGGACAGAAAUAUGGCCCUGAAGUCUAUCCAGUUGGACUACUGGGUAACAACCUGGUUCAGAAUUUACAUGAACAGGGAUUUUGAUGAUCCUAAACAGAUAAUUGUGCAGAUUGACCAAGAUGGCCUGACCCUGCCCAGUCAAUGUUACCUUGCACCAGACAACUGUGGCGAGGCACUGGACUCCUACAGGAAUUAUCUGAAGACCACCUCAGUUCUGCUGGCCAGAGAUGCUGAUGUCAAUGACACACAAGUCAUCAGCAGGGUUAACACUUUUGUGGAAGAUAUCAUUGACUUUGAGACUAUGAUUGCAAAUAUCACACAGAGUGCACAACGCCCCCCCUCUCCUGCACAGAGAGAUAACAAGAUCAGUUUGUCGGAGCUGAGCAGUCAGACCCAGAUCAAUUGGGUGGACUUCUUCCAUUACCUGUUCCCUUCCACUACUGUGUCUGGUGACUUCCAGGUUGUCUUGUAUGAGAAAGACUAUGUACAGAAAGUUGCACAGUACAUCACCAGCUUUGGCCCAAAGUUAAGGAAGUAUCAUAAUUACCUGAUGUGGAGGCUGAUUCAGACAUAUGUGCUGGAGCUGAGUUGGGACUUUGUCCAUGCUUAUCGAAUCUUCUACGAAGCUUUGACGGGAAGAUCAGAGUUUCCAGAGAAGUGGAAGCUCUGCUUUGAGAUGUCCCACCAAAGACUACGCUGGGCUCUCAGUUCUCUGUAUGUAAGAGAUCACUUUGCUGAUGACAGUAAAGAUAAAGCAGAGGAGGUAGCUGUCAGAGUAAAGAAAGUCACAUCAGAGGGCAUCUCCCAACUUGCCUGGAUGGAUACAGACACUCAAGAUAGGGCAAGAAACAAGAUCCAGUCACUUGUAGACCAGAUCGGAUAUCCUGACUGGCUCGUGAAUGAGGAAAAAAUGAGUCUUUAUUACUCUGGGCUGGAGGUUAAUGCCACUGACCACUUUGGUAAUGCAGUACAUACAGCAGCGUUUGAGAAGAACCUGUGGGACAGGCGACUUGCCAACCAGGUGUUGAGAACAGAGUGGGACAUCGAUGUGUAUGGGAUCACAGCGCACUACCUCUACAACUGGAAUGAACUACUUUUCCCGGCUGGCUUGCUACAGUUCCCUGUGUUCGAAUCUUCAAUGCCAAGGUGGAUGGUGUAUGGAGCUAUGGGCAGUAUCUUGGGAAGGGAGAUCAUCAACUCUGUGGAUGAGUUUGGUGGCAGAUUUGAUGGCCGGGGACAGCUGAAAGAUUGGUGGAGUAACAAAACUAAACAGGACUACAGCCAACGAAGGGCAUGUGUUAGUGGCUACUGGUCAACCUUUUCAAUCAAUGUUUUUGAUAGAGAGAUUCCCAUUAUAGGAAGCAGGGUUGCGCAAAACCUGAUUGCUGAGAUGGGUGGUGUGAGGCAGGCAUUUUAUGCCUACAAAAACUGGGUACAAGAGGCUGGAGAAGAACAACUGGUCUCCAGCUUGGACAUCACAGCUGACCAAGCCUUCUUCAUAGCAUAUGCACAGACAAACUGUGCAGUGAACACACCUGCUGCCGACUAUAGUUGGGUAUCCAGGUUCAAUGUGCCACAAAACCUCAGGGUGCAGGGAACUCUUGCCCACCUGAAGGAGUUCCAAGACACGUUUCAGUGCCAGCCUGGAGACCAGAUGUUCAGAGAGGACAGAUGUGAUGUCUUCUAGUCAGACAUGGAGAAUGGCACAGAUGUGGCGCAGUGAGGGUUGUGGGCAGCAUCAUUGGCUGUACCAGUUGUGGUAUAGAGCAAGAAAGCAAUCAUAGCAUGUUAUUGUUACACAGUAGUAGAAAUUUUGGCUUGCAACUUUACUCUUAGCUAAAUAUCGUUUUCCAAUAGUCAUAUUUUCUAAGGUUACAAUCAUAUAAGUAUAAUGCCCCGGUGAAUGUAUUAAUAAUUAAUUAAACAUAACUAUAUGGUAGUGUGACUUUCUUGUGCUCUGAUUUGCAGAUAUAUAUAUUUCUAUUAGCAUAAGGCCACAGCAAGUUAACUUUAUGGAUUAUAUCCUCAGCAGACUUCAAAUCUAAUGCGAUAGAGAAAAAACAAGACGGGCACAAAAAAAGAUUCCUACAUUUUCAGAUUUUGAGGUCAUGAACUUCGUUAAACAAGAAGUUUUCUUAAUCCCUGAUGGUCUCUGAGUGUAUAAACUGCCUACCAGAACACAGGGCUCAAUCACUGACGGAGUGACCCAUAAACCUAACUGUCCCGAAGCCAUACUCUCCCUACAUGUAUAUAUUGUGCCAUCCUAUUACGCCAUCUGUUUGUCUCUGAAACAGCUUUGAAAAAAGAGACUAUCAAAUGAAAGUUUUCAGUAAUGGUACAAAUGGUAUCGACUCGCAAAUCAGCUUCUGACUUGCAUCUAAUUAUGUCAAGCAUCACUUCAGCUAUCUACGAACGAGAAAUCACGACAAUCAGUCAACUGGUUCUUGAGUUAUCCUCCUUCAAAGAUUUUUUCAACAAACGAAACACUGUCCUGAAGCGACUUGUUCUGAAACGUUCCUGCAGUUUCAGAACAAGUCGCUAGGGGGGGGGGUCCAAAUUUCGUGACCCUAGCAUGUCCAGAUCAU